CUAAAAUAAUAUUUGCUGAUGGCCCUACUUUCCGUCGUUUCAUUCAUUCGAAGGGACUUAGUUGUUCAGUUAUCAUGGUUGUACCCGUUGUUCGGUUAUCAUGGUUGUACCCCUGUCAAAAGCAUAAGAAAAAUGCACACAUCGAAGAAAUGCUGAUGAUAUCUUGCAUGUCUUGUCAGUGGCACUGCGCAGGGUGCUCCGAGCGAGAACCGAUCCGCUACCGUCUAAUGAGGGCCACCUGUGUACUGCUGACUGUAAAGGAAUAUACAGGUGUUCUUAUUCCUCCAUGUUUAUUUACUACCCCACGUUAUGUUCCUUGACAGCAAAUGGCCAGAGCGGCAGUGCUAGUUGCGGAGGGAGUUGGCUGCAGUAUGGCGAUCAGUGUUACCUUCCCCGAUCAGACACCAAGGUAUACAGCGAAGCGAGGAAAGCAUGUCAAGAGGAACACGCUGAUCUUAUGAUUAUUCCAUCGCAGGAUGUCAAUGACUUUCUGAUGAGUGCAUUGGGGUCAACAAGGUUGGAUUACUGGAUGGGCCUCUACGAUCGAGCAGAUGAGGCAGUGUUUAGAUGGGUUGAUGGGAGCACAAGCACCUACAGAAAUUGGAAGCCUGGAGAGCCAAAUGAUGAUUUCCAGACAGGUGAAGACUGCGUGGAGUUUGACGCUAAUAAUCCAAGAGGAGAAUGGAAUGACAACAAUUGCAUCUUACCUCGCAACUUUGUCUGCUCUCGCUCAAUAAAUGUACCAAUAAACUGCGAUGAAAGCGCCGGCUGGCGUAUUUAUAAUGGUAAAUGCUACCUGUGGGUGUUAGACACGUACUCCUGGUCAGGUGCUGACUUGUACUGUAGUCAGCUUGGCGGCAACAUGGUUACAUUCACCGAUGCGUCAGAGCAAGCCGGCGUGGAAUCAACGAGGAACAUUAAUGGGAUUCCUUACUACAUUGGUCUUACUGAUAAGGGUAGAGGAAGAGGCAAUUACCAGUGGAUCGAUGGAACAGCAUACAGUUAUAGAAACUGGGACAUAAGUGAGCCAAACAAUCAGUUCUAUGAUGCAGGUGGGAAUUGCGCUCGUGUCAUGGCCACUAGUAAAUGGGCAGUCAAGGAGUGCUCUGAAGGUGGUGCAUUCUUCUGCGAAAGACCACAAGGAACAUGUGCUCCUGGUUGGUCCUACAAUAACGGACAGUGUUACCAGAUGAAUAUCAACAAUCCUAAGACAUGGACUGAUGCUAAAUAUUACUGUGACGCUCAAGGAGGCUAUCUUCUCACAAUUAGAAAUGAUGGAGAAAACCAGUACAUAACCAGCAGACUGACCGACUUCAAUCAAGUGGGUGUUUAUGAUGUUUACAUCGGUAUAUCAGAUACCAUCAGUGAUAACAGCCUGAAGUGGGUGCAGAGUACCGGCUCAACCUACACCAAUUGGGCAACAGGGGAACCCACUUUAACCGUUAGUCGCAAUGAUUGCGGCAGCAUAUACACAGGAAGUUCAUCAGGACAAUGGAUGGCCAAAGACUGUUACAAUCUUCAAGGUUUCAUCUGUAAAAUACAAGCUGGAGCCGCUGUCACAUCUGUACCCCCAAACAUGAGUACUGGAAGGUGUGAUCCAGGAUGGGAUCUGAAUGGAGACUCUUGCUACUACUUCAGUCCCGCGGACACAGCCACCUGGAGUACAGCAGAGUCAAUCUGCAAUGGUUUCGGCUCAGACAGCCAUCUUGUCAGUGUACACUCUGCAGAAGAGCAGUCAUUCUUGUCAGUGAGAGCGAGUUUUGUUGAGGAGAGCCACUGGAUUGGUCUUCAUGAUACCGUAGGAGAAGGAAACUUCAGAUGGACAGACGGAUCAACGACAAAUUUCCGGAACUGGGGAUCUGGGGAGCCCAAUAACUUUGGUGCCGGAGGUGACGAGGAUUGUGUUCAUUUGGAAUCAGCUUUCCAGAAGGUUGGAGUCUGGAAUGACAUUAACUGUGACUACCCAUACCGCUUCAUCUGCAAGAAACCCAAGACCGGCAAUGAUGUAAACACUCCAGCACCAACAGCACCAGUUGUUUAUGACAGGAAAUGCGGCCUUGGUUGGGAGUAUGAAAGCUCUGGGGAUCGGUGCUACAGUUUCCGAAGUGAAGAAAUUACGUGGGAGGAAGCGGAGAAUCAGUGUCACAGCGAGGGCGCUCAUCUAGUCAGUAUCGCUGACAUCAAGGAACAGCAAUUCUUCUACUCUCGUGUGAACUAUCUGUCGACCGGUGCUUUAUGGAUCGGAGCCAGUGAUCUCGGAGGUGAAGGGGGAUUCAGAUGGACUGAUGGAUCACCAUUCAAUUAUUUCAACUGGGAUAGUGGUGAACCUAACAAUGACGGACUGGCCGGUGAGAACUGUUGUGACUUUUACACGGGCAGUGGCAAAUGGAAUGACAACAAGUGCUUCCAAGUACGUCCAUAUGCCUGCAAGCAAAUAGAUUACAUCCAAACAUACUUCAUCCCAUCUCGUCUGAGGAAACUUGACCAAACCAAUGCCGUAGUGAUACCCAGUGUGUGGCCCGAGGAUUGCGCAAUGGCAUGUAUCAAGAGUCCCAACUGUAUGUCCUUUGACUACGGGAGAAUCAAUAUGGAAUGUCGACUGAACACUCAGGUAUCAAGCGGCGGGCUGGUACCUACUGACAACCUGGAUCCUUUUGAUUACUAUGAGAGAGAUUUUUCGGCGACUACCGACGCACCACCACCAACCCUCCCAUCCUUUUAUAACUGCCCAUCUGAUGACUGGUUGCCCUAUGGUGAUAGCUGUUACUAUGUUCAGAGCGAUAAGACUGAUUUCAGCAGUGCACAGACGCAGUGUCAGGCGCGCAUGAACAACGCAAACCUCGUCUCAAUCGCUAACCUGAAUGAGAAUAACUUUGUUCUGAGUGCUAUUAAUCAAGAUCUAACUUCUGAUUAUAAAUCGAGUGCUUGGAUCGGCAUGAGUGACCUUAGCUCUGAAAUGUACUAUGAAUGGCUAGAUGGCACUGAAGUUACGUUCACCAAUUGGGCAUACUAUGAGCCUAACAACCAAGGCACUGAAGACUGUGUGGAGAUAUACAUGAGUAGCGGUGAAUGGAAUGAUAUCAACUGCCAGGGAUAUCUCUUUCCAUCUGUGUGUGAGGUAGCUAAAGGUCCAUCAGGAACACCACCUCUUAACACCGGAUGUCAGCCGGGAUGGCAAGCAUAUCUGGGAUCGUGUUACAAAUUUGAGACCAGCCCAGCUACUUGGAGUACAGCCAGGAGUAAUUGUAACAGUAUGGGUGGUAACUUGGUAUCUGUCAGUCAUAUGUAUGAUGCAGCUUAUGUGAGUGCUCAAGUAGGCCUGCAGACGCACGGCACUAAUGUAUGGAUAGGAAUGAGUGACCCAAACAACUCAGGGUUGUAUGAAUGGGCUGAUGGCUCAGCUAUAUCUUAUACUAACUGGGGACAGGCACAGCCAGACUCCAGCAAUGGCCUGUGCGUUUCCAUCAACUCCGGAGCCCCCGCUGCAGGGUAUUGGUACAACACAGCUUGUUCCCAGAGCCUACCAUACGUCUGUGAGGCAGCACGGCCUGGAUAUACAACUAUGGCUCCCCCUGCCGUGGGUACUAACCCAACUAACCUCGGGUGCUCAGCUGGCUGGAUUGGAUAUGGGUACAACUGCUUCAGGGUAUUUGAAGUUGAUAAUUAUGACCAGAAACUUGGCUGGAACGAAGCCCAAGCAUUCUGCCGGGGUUUAACAGAUACAGGGGAAGGGAAUCUUAUUAGCUAUCAUUCACCAGAUGAAGAACUCUACCUGGUCAACAGCUUUCUGACUGAGGCACCUGCUGACAGUAGUUUUGGAUACUGGAUUGGACUGAAUGAUCUGGCUAAUGAAGGAGGAUUUGUUUGGAGUGAUGGCAGUCCAGUGGAGUAUGAGAACUGGGGCAAUGGUGAACCCAAUAACUACAAUGGAAUUGAGAACUGUGCGGAGGGAUUCCUGAAUGCUGAUCCGCUCCGAGGAUGGAACGAUCUCGCAUGUGACUCUCCACGCCACUGGAUCUGUGGAGUCCCAAAAAAUGUUCCAGUUGUUUCACCAACAAUACCGUCAAUAAAUGAUAGGUGUCCGGGUAACAGUGAAUGGUACUAUCGUCAAGGCUAUUGCUACUACGUCUCACCAGACUUGAGGAGUCUCAGUGACUGGAACAAAGCUGAAGAAUACUGUCAUGACAACGGCGGCCAUCUUGUGUCCAUACAUGGAGAAGAUGAAAACACUUACGUACGCCAAUUGGUGUAUGAGAAUGUCUUUAUUGACUCUUUUUGGAUCGGACUGCGAGAGUAUCGUGUGAAUGGUGAUUACAGUUGGUCCGAUGGCACCCCUCUGGACUACAACAAUUGGGAUACUAACCAACCCGACGAUAGCUCUGGAUCUGAACAGUGCGCUGAGUACAGGACAACUGGAUUUUGGAACGACCAAAAUUGUGGAGCUCCACAACCUUUUGUUUGCAAGAAGCCCAAGGAUUCAGUUGGUCCAGUCACCCACGCCCCCGCCACACCCAAAGAAGGAGGAUGUAUGGAUUCGUCGUGGCUGAAGGUACAUAGCAAGUGCUACAAAGUGUUCGAUGGUGCAGCGGACAAUGCCAAGACAUUUGACGACGCCCGUAAAACGUGUCAGCAGUUCAGGAAUGGGGACAUUGCUACCAUUUUGAAUCCUGAAACUCAAGCCGUGCUGACAGCAGAUCUCAUCUUCCCUCAAACUGAUGUAUGGAUCGGACUGACGGACCGUGGUCAGGGUAUUCUGUUCUACUGGGCUGAUGGAACACCACUUGAUUAUACCAAUUGGAUGGCUUUUAACCCAAGCCUUAACGAUGCUGAUGGUCAGGAAUGUGUGAAGAUGUCUCGUAACCCAGUCCAUCCGGGUAAAUGGGAUGAUGUGUUCUGCAGGGAGAAAUACGGCUAUGUGUGCAUGAUGGAUGUUGAUCCACAGUACGAUGACAAUCCAGCCCAGAUCAGCGACUGUCCACAAGGCUUCUACAAGUACGGCACAGCUUGUUUCAAGUUCAUUGCUGAUUCUCAAAACUUUGCCAUUGCCAAAGCUACAUGCCAGAACGAGGUAUCUGGCACCGAGUUGGUCUCAAUUAACAAUGAAUUUGAGAUGGCGUUUGUGCAGGCCAUGAUGUAUUACGUGGGUGUGACUGAGGUUUGGAUUGGUAUGGAGCUUCAGAAGGAAACUGGGACUUACGGCUGGGUCAAUGGAUGGCCUGUUCUAUUCUCAGCAUGGGGUGAGAAUGAACCCUCUGGAGGGACUGGAGAAGGCUGCGUCAUGUCAACUACUGAUGGAAGAUGGGACGAUACACUAUGUACAUCCCUCAAACCAUUCAUCUGCAAGUAUGAUGAAGCUAAAUGCCCAACUACAGUAGCCCCACCCCAAGGAACGUGCCAUGACGGCUGGAAGCCUUUCGGUCAGUUUUGCUACCUGUUCAACCCAGAUAAACCUAUAGGGUCAUUCAACGAUGCCAAGUUUGACUGUGAGGAGAAUUUCGGAGCGCAACUGGUCAGCAUCCACUCGACCCAAGAGAACUAUUUCAUCACAAACAAUGUGGUGCUGCCAUCAUUCAUUGGCAGUGUAUGGAUUGGUCUACAGAAGGGCAAUAAUGGGUUACAAUGGACUGACGGAACUCCAGUAGACUACGUUUUCUGGAAGGAGGGUGAGCCUAACAACGAUGCCGAGCUGUGUGUGGAGAUGUAUGCUCAACAUUACGGUGAAUGGAAUGAUGAACAAUGCACAGACCAAGCUGACUACAUCUGCAAAAUGCCACAAAUGACUUCAACAGUGAUGCCAGUGAAAACAGAGGAGCCAGAAGCUACCAAGUCUCCUCAAACAGGAGGAGUAAGUGCUGGAACUAUCGUGGGUAUCAUCCUGGGUGUCGUACUGCUUGUUGCCCUGGUUGGAGUAGUGGGCUUCUUUGUCUGGAAGCGCAACAGCUUUAACGCUAAAGCAGCGGCUGAUGCAGUAGCACCGACAACACCAGCAGGUUUUGACAAUGCUCUGUACGUAUCAUCAACUGAUAAAGCGGCAAUAGUAACUGAUGCCUAGAUAUUAAUGCAACGCCCCUUUCAGAGUUUUAAGGUAGCGCAGCUCCCUUCGUUGCAGAAGAAUGGCAGUUGUUCCAUACUUCAUUCAUAAUAUAUGAAUUAAGGAAAGGAUUUGUUUUUAUCAAUCUCCACUUGCUGUCGCAUUUUGCUUUUUUUAAGCAAAGAUUUGUAUGCUAUUUGUCUGAUUUAGCCAUUUCUCAGUGAAUGUUUAACUUCACACAUUUUUUCCCGCCAAUCUUUCUUGUUUUCCGUUCUAAUGUCUCUUUUAUAAUCAUAUUUGCAUGGAGUAUGGAGUCUACCUUCAGUUACAUUAAUUUUUAGGAUAUCAUUUUUAUACCUUUAUGCCGUGUGGCCUUAACUUCAAUUCAUUUAUCUAAUUUCUACAAAUGUUGUACGAGGCGCAGCCACUCUUAUCCAUUUAGAUUUGUUUUCAGUAUGAUCUUUUUUUACAAUAUUUUAUAAUGUAUGAAAACAGUGAUUAAUUGCGAUACCUUCUAAGUUCGUGUACAGACUUAUUCAUCCAGAAGUAUUCAAAUAGUACAGUAACUGUGGACCAAUUGCAAACUAUGAAAAACUUAAUCAUUUUAAUAUGUAAAAAAAUGUUAAAUGUUCGGCAAGGUCUUUCUAGAAUUUACAAUGUAUGUGGUAACAUAGCUGUGAGCUUUGUUUGAUCACUGAUCCAGACGUAAAAUACAUUAUUUCUUUCAACUUGACUGUCUUUAUACAGUCAUCGAUAAAUGUUAAUGUGAUGUUGUGUUAUCAUUAGCCAUCAAGAAUGACUCUCUUCUAGGGUUGAAACGUUAGGCUUUUAACAAGUUUUAGCAUUUAUACCAUUAUGUCCUGUUGGUAAGCAGAUUGCAACAGCUAAUUCUAUUUCCUCAUGUAAGUAAUUUAAAUACAUAAUUGGUUUGCAGAAGCAGUUUUGUGGCAUGUCAACAUCUUCAAGUGUUUUGACAUGGUCCUAGAGCUAGAGAAGACUGUGUGGAAUGACACUGGUUAAAUUUGUUCCGUUAAAGUUAUGGUUACAGGUCGUUUGAGUACUUUAUGUAAUAUCGCCAAAAGGUUGUGUUUUUCUGCGGAUCUGAACAAAAUUAGCCAUUUCUAUGUGUAGAGAAACAUUAGAAUACAAGAGGUUACCUUCUAAGGGAUCAAGAUGGUUUUUUUAUUUUAUAAUUUAGUGUGGAUAAAAAAAUAAAACAUGAAUCUAUUUUUUACAGUUUAAAGGGUAAAUUUGAAAAUCAAAAACAAUUUAGUGUUUGAUUAAAAAAGGCAAAUGUCGAAUAAAUUUGGGUCACAAUCAGUCUUUGUGUUGAUACGCUAGAUGUACAUGUACAAGGCUAAAUGACACUGGUUAAAUUUGUUCCGUUAAAGUUAUCUGAAAAGUGAUCUGCUUAGCAGAAAUCGCCUUCAAAUAGCCUUGUGUUUUUAGCAGAUGUUGCCUUUAAAAAGUGUACAAGCCUUGUGUGCUUAGCAGAUUUUGCCUUCA